CACAUCGUUCCUCUACUCUGUGUCUCCUGCCCCUUCCCCCCUCUCACUAUUUUUCUCCCCAAUCCGUAUUGACAGACAAUGGAGGAGAGUACCAGUGCAUCCAGCCAAUCAAAGAACUCAGCCUCCACGAUCGAUUUUGAUGACCUACCGCUCCGGCUUCUCAAAUCCGAGAUCAUCCCUCCGGCUCCGACCCGAUUUGAGUCCGCAAUCGACUGGUUGCCGGACUUUUCCGGGUACUCCUGGGUCGCAUACGGAGCUUCCUCUCUCCUCGUGAUCUCUCACUUCCCAAAUCCUCUCUCCGAAGACGAAACCUCAAUCGGUCCCAUUUUGCGGCAAGUCUUCGAACUCUCUGUAGACGGUACAGGCACUGUAUCGGCAGUCUCUUGGUCCCCGGUGUCGCCGUCGGUCGGUGACCUCGCCGCUGCGUUGGAUAAUUGUAUUGGAUUGCUUUCGCACAUUUCAGAUUGUUCUAAUGGUUCUUUUUGUUGGAGCCAGACUGCAGUUCUUGUGCAAUCUACUAAGGUGGAGGCCAUUAAAUGGACGGGUUCAGGAGAUGGGAUAAUUUCGGGUGGCGCUGAGGUAGUCUUGUGGAGAAAGAAGGGCAGGUCAUGGGGUAUGACUUGGAAGUUUAGACCAGAACUGCCUCAAGCUCUGGUUUCUACAACCUGGUCCAUCGAUGGACCUUCUGCAGCCGCACCUUUUCAACAGCAGAUUAGAGGCUCGUCCGAAGCAAGCAAAUGUGUCUUUGUGUUGCUUAGAGGUGGAAAAUCCGAAUUUGUGAAUGCUGAGCUACGCCAUCCACUGCCAGUUUCUAUGAUUCAAUGGAGGCCAAUAACAGGAAAGCAAUCAAAGAAGAUUGAUAGACACCCAUUGAGGCAGGUCCUGUUAACAUGCUGCAUGGAUGGAAUUGUAAGGCUAUGGAGUGAGAUUGAUGAUGGGAGGCUCAGAAAAGUUGGCAAGGACAAGAAUGAUAAGAAAACUGUGUUGCAAUCUUUUCGUGUUGCAGCUGUAAUUGAGAUAAACCAGGUACUGUGUGGAACUCUGGGCUCUGAUAUAUUUGUGAGAUGGGCUACCGAAAUUGAUGGUAUAAUUAGUAAUUGUAAUGGGGUUAACCAGUAUUUUUCUUCAGAUGAGGAUCAACAGGACAAGUCUGGCAGGUGUGAGUGGUUGAUUGGAGUUGGUCCUCAAAUGCAGGUGACUCUCUGGGCUAUCCACUGUCUUGAUGACGUUACCCCAGUGAGAUUCCCACGAGUGAGUUUAUGGAAGAGACAAGAAGUAAUUGGUCCCAAAGUGGGAACUGGUAGUAUCCUUCUUGAGAAAGUUGUUAUAUUGAGGAAUCAAGUCUUUGCUCCACCAGACAUAUGCUCUUUGGUUCACUUAUUACCUUCUAAUUCUUUAGCCUGGUCACAGUUACAUAGUCAAAUAGCAAGUUCCUGUUGUGCUGGUGGAGUGCUGAACAUCAACGGUCAUUCGGGACAAAUUUUACAAGUGGCAGUCAAUCCUUAUGGGUGUGAAUUUGAACUUGCUGCUUCUUUAGAUACUAAUGGUCUUCUUCUAUUUUGGUCAAUUUCAACCAUUUCUGAUUGCAUUAUGGGCCUUCCAACAUUGAAUCCUGCAUGGAAACUUUCUGGGAAAAUUGUACUGCAAGAUUCCAAUCCCAAAUACACAAGCAUGAGUUGGGCACCUGCUGUAUUAGAUGAAGUGCAGGUUCUUCUUGUGGGACAUGUUGGAGGCAUUGAUUGCUUUGUUGUAAAUAUCUCCAACAAUGAAGAUAAGAAAUUAUCGUUUCACAACUUAUGCACCAUCCCUUUUACCAGUUAUAGUCGCGAAGAAGGGCCGACUACUGUCUAUUCAAUUCCAUUGCCUUCCACUUGGAAGAAAACUUCACUUUCUAAUAAUUUUAUGCUGUUAGCGAUAUGGAAGGAGGUCUUUCAGGCACUAUCAUGGACAGUUACCAUCCAUUCUUGCGAUUUGUCUGGAAGCUGCUGUGGAUGCAGUUUUGAAACUACAAAUGCUGCCAAAAAAAGCACAUGGAAAGUUGAAAGUAAUAUAGACGGUAAGAGAUAUUUUGUUGCUUUUGAUCCUUGUUCGUCAGUAUUUCCAGAUCCGCACAACCAUGAUCAGGUUACAAGUUUUGCCGUUGUCUGUCCCACUAGUUUUAUUCUGACUGAUGAAGAAAAAUCGGCUUACUAUAAUGAAAUUUGCAGCGGCUAUUCUGCUUAUCACAUGGUUACUGGCUGCUCUAAUGGUAGUUUGAAACUAUGGAGAAGUAUGCCGAAUAAAGACUCUCACACAUUUUCACUGUGGGAGCUUGUGGGUAUGCUUGCUGCUCAUCGAGGGCCCAUCACGGCAAUAUCUCUAGCUGGUUGUGGUCAAAAGAUUGCUAUCACUUGCCCUGAAGAUCAGUCGAAUACUUCUAGCACUCUUCAGGUUUGGGAAUCUGUGCACUCCACUGGUAUUGGCAGUUUUAUGCUAGAAGAUACAUUACUUCUUGAUGGCGAGGUUAUUUCUUUAAGUUGGUUGCAGAUGGGAGAUGGUAAGCUAUUACUAGGAAUCUGCUUGCAAAAUGAGUUGCAAGUUUAUGCUCAGAGGUCUUCUGGUGGUCAGAAUCUGGUGAAACCAGGAAAAGCUUUAGAAAGAAACAUCUGGUUUUGCAUUGCUUCUGCUAAUACUUACCCUGCUAUUUGUGACUUCUUUUGGGGUCCUAAAGGCAGAGCUGUGGUUAUUCACGAUGAAUAUUUUUGCCUCUUUAGUCAAUGCUUAUACAUGUCCAAUAAGAAACAUCAGGCUAAGUGCCUGCAAACUUGCAAGAGCGAUGCUCUUGAUUGCAAUAGUGGAUCAGAUAAACAUAUAAUUACUCCAAUUUUUGCAGAUCCUGAAAUUUGUGAUUCAAAAAAGUUAACAGUAGAAGAAAACGGCAAGAAAUGCCUGUCCAGGCUUUCCAUGAAGUUAGACUUGAAAAAUGAGACUCUGUCAAGCGUGUCUAUGGAAAAAUUUACCAAGAAAUACGAUUCAGGUGAAAAAUCAGGUUUCUGGAGUAUGUUAGAUGUGGCAGAGAAGAUUGGUGGAUCUCUGCCAUUAUAUCACCCUGAGGCACUCCUGAUGAAUAUAUGUUCAGGUAAUUGGAAACGCGCAUAUGUAGCACUGCAGCAUCUUGUGGGAUAUCUUACUUCUAAUGAUGCUUCUGCGAAAAGGCAUUGCCUUAUGGAAUCUAGCCGAGUUAUUCCACCUGUCCCCUUUUCAGAUUAUCUUGAAGGACUUAUGUCAGCAAGGUCAACUGAUGAAAAAUUUCAAUGGAGUGGAGAUGCUUCUUUAGUGACAUCAUCUUUGCAGCUUCAGAAAGACUUGACCCAAGUUACCUACAGUUGGGAUUCUGAUGCUUCAAAUGGUACAUUCAAUUCAUCUAGGACAAGAUCUGAACUUAGUGGUUUUGCAGAACAAGUGGAGAAGUUUUAUUGCUUAGGGGCCGUGACCAAUACAGAGAAGGUGCAAGUUCUUGCCAUUAUUGAUCUCCUCCAGGAAGUUAGUAGCCCAAGUUCUGUUUCUGCAUAUGAAAGUCUUGAUGAACCUGGUAGAAGGUUUUGGGUUGCUAUAAGGUUUCAACAGCUAUAUUUUAUCCGAAGAAUUGGUAGACUGUCAUCCAUUGGAGAGAUGGUUGUUGAUUCGAGGCUGAUUGGAUGGGCAUUCCACUCUGAUUGUCAAGAAAAUUUGUUUGAUUCUCUUUUACCUAGCGAACCAUCUUGGCAAGAUAUGAGGAAUAUGGGUGUUGGAUUUUGGUAUACAAAUGUAGGGCUGUUGCGAUUGAAGAUGGAGAAGUUGGCAAGACGACAAUACUUGAAGAAUAGGGAUCCUAAGGAAUGUGCACUUCUUUAUAUAGCAUUAAACAGGCUUCAAGUUUUGGCUGGUCUUUUUAAAAUCAGUAAAGAUGACAAGGAUAAGUUGUUGGUGGGAUUCAUUUCACGCAAUUUUCAGGAGGAUAAAAAUAAGGCAGCUGCUUUGAAAAACGCUUACGUCUUAUUGGGCCGGCAUCAACUGGAGCUGGCUAGUGCUUUCUUUUUGCUUGGCGGUGAUAUUUCUUCCGCUAUUACUGUUUGUGCAAAAAAUCUUGGGGAUGAGCAGCUUGCACUUGUAAUUUGUCGCCUUGUUGAGGGGUAUGGUGGAUCAUUAGAGCGUCAUCUAGUAUCAAAGUUUAUGCUUCCUUCUGCAAUUGAACGACGCGACUACUGGCUUGCAAGUUUUCUGGAGUGGGUAUUAGGGAAUUAUUCCCAAGCUUUUAUGCGCAUGCUUGGUGUUCAAAUGGAAUCUCCAACUGAUAAGUCAGCCAUCUUAUCUAAUCAUGCUUCCUUUUUAGAUCCAAGUAUUGGUCAGUAUUGCCUAAUGUUGGCAAACAAAAAUAGCAUGAAAAAUGCUGUAGGAGAGCACAAUGCAGCAAUCCUCACUAUGUGGGCAAUUUUUAUGAGUGCCACUGCCUUAAAGAGAUGUGGCCUUCCUCUUGAAGCUUUGGAAUGCCUUUCAUAUUCUCUGGGCAUUUUUGGCGGUCCAGAUCAAGGAAGUGCAUCAGAUACUGGAAAUGCUGAACUUCUAAGCAAAAUGCUGAAGCCAUCUCCAAAUAAUUCCUUCUCUAACUGGAUUUCCGAUGAUGUGGCUUCUCAUAUGGAGUCACUUGUUAAACUAGAUUUAGCAAUGCAGUACAUCUCGAAGCUAUUAAUGGAGCAUCCAAGCUGGCGUGACACCAUUAUUUCAUCUCCUGGAGCACAUACAUAUUCUGAGUGCAAGGAAAAGAUAUCAUUAGAAAAUUUUCAGCAGAAAUUAUUUGCAGGAAUUGCAUAUUUUGAGCAGAAGUUUUCUUUGAUUCCUCUUCAUCUAAUGAACAUGAUUGUAAUUUAUCUACGCAACAAUGGUUUAUUCUUUAUUGGAUACCGGAUAAUGCAAGGCUAUAUUUCGAAAGAUCCUUCACACAGUAAAAGCAAUGCAUUUGGUGGUUUCCCCUUACAUCAUACCCAGUUCAAGCUACUUCUAAAGGAUGCUGAAGAAAUAUCCAAUUUAUUCUCAAGAUAUGUUGUUGUGUCUGGCAUAACUUGCUCUCAGUUUAAAUUAUGUUCAACAGAAAGUAGUGUGGCUGGUGGAAAAAAAAUUGGCUGCUUGGCCUCUUGGUGGGUUCACAUGCAGGGUCUCAUAGGGUUGUUUUGGAAUUUAAGAGCUGCAUUGAAGUUGUUCACUGGUUCCUGUGCCAAUGAUUUCAUCAGAACACCCUUUGUCAUUCUUGAUUUGUGGGAAUAUUUUGUAUAUUUUGCAUCAGCUUGGCUCCAUAGGAAUUAUAAAGGUCUAGUUCUUUUAGUGAAACCUAUUUUGAGCACAUCUACGAAUGGGCAUCCUCGGUAUAAAAUCAGCAUGGCAGAUUUGAAUGAACUCCUUCCCCAAGUUGCAGAGUCAUUGGCUCACGAUGCAUUGAUUGAUGAUGUAGGUGACACAGUUCAGAUGACCAAACCGAUUCAAAAUGAACAAAGUGGAAUUAUAAUUUCUUCAAUACCAGAAGACCUGAGAUGGCAAAUAAGAGUGGUUUCUUUAUGGGGCCACAUGUCUGGUUUUCUAAAUUAUCAGUUGAAUUCAUUACCUGAGAAGCUUGUAGAGAUUUACUUAUCUCAUCCUCCAUGCAGACUUUCCUCCUUUGUGUCUGAUUCUGAUAAUUCUGAACCUGAGGGCAUUAAUAUAGAGGCACAGAUCAUGCUUAUUUCUGUGGUUUUAUCUAGGUUACUGAAGACCACAUGUGCACAUAUACCUUCUUAUCGUGCAAAGCAUCUUGCAUUAUGCAUGCAGCAGAAAGUUGAGGAUGGACUGAGUACACGAACUCUUUUGUCGUUGGAAGAAAUUGGUCAGUCUCAACCCAGCGCCCCCCAUAAGCAUUUUAGUGGGGGAAUUGACAGUCUAAACAUGAUGAACUAUGAAAACGAAUUCCCAGAUUCUAAAAUUUUAUGGGAUAUCUGUGCUGAUCCAAAAAUUAUAUGUGAUGGUCUUGCACAAGAGGAUACUAAGUGGUCACAGUAUAUUAUGCCGAAGCACUUUAAUGGGUGGAGCAACAUAUAUAUUAGCCUCAUGGGAGAGCAUGAAGUUGAGGAAACUUGUGAUCAAGAAGGUAGGCCGGGCAAUAGUAUUGCCCGUAAGGAAACUUCUACAGAACGUCAUUCUUUUCUAAGUUCCGGCUGGAAGGGUACAAUGGCUACAAAGAAAUUUAUGCCUUUCCAUUCCCCAAAAGAACUUUGCAAGAGGAAUGGAGAACUGCUGGAGGCAUUGUGUAUCAACUCUAUUUAUCAACAGCAGGCAGCACUUGCUAGCAACCGAAAGGGGAUACUGUUUUUCAACUGGGGAGAUGGGCUACUUUUCAGCGAUAAAUCCGACUAUAUCUGGGCAGAGGCAGAUUGGCCACAGAAUGGGUGGGCAGGAUCUGAAUCUACCCCCGUUCCUACAUGUGUUUCUCCUGGGGUUGAUCUUGGAUUGGGUGGAGCAACCGUUGGUCUAACUCCUCUAGCAAGACCAGGAAGAGACUUAACGGGUGGUGGAGCUUUUGGAAUACCAGGUUAUGCUGGCAUUGGUGCCUCUGGCCUUGGUUGGGGCAUUCAAGAGGAUUUUGAGGAGUUUGCUGAUCCACCCGCCACUGCAGAAAAUAUUAGUACGAGGGCAUUCUCCAGUCAUCCUUUUAGGCCUUUCUUUUUGGUUGGCUCUGGCAAUACACACAUAUACUUAUGGGAGUUUGGUAAGGAUAAAGCUAGUGCAACGUAUGGAAUUCUUCCUGCCUCAAAUUUCCCUCCGCUAUAUGCUCUUGCAUCAAUAUCAGCUGUGCACUUUGACCACUGUGGUCAUCGAUUCGCAACUGCUGCAUUAGAUGGAACUGUAUGUGCGUGGCAGCUUGAGGUGGGGGGAAGAAGCAACAUUCAUCCAACAGAAUCAUCUAUCUGCUUUAACAACCACGCAGCGGAUGUAAGUUAUGUUACCUCUAGUGGAUCAAUAAUUGUUGCAGCUGGGUACAGCUCCAAUGGUGUUAAUGUGGUUAUAUGGGAUACUCUUGCUCCUCCAACGACAUCUCAAGCUUCCAUCAUGUGUCAUGAAGGCGGUGCUUGCUCCCUCUCUGUGUUUGAUAGUGACAUAGGCAGUGGUUCUGUUUCUCCCCUUAUUGUGACUGGUGGAAAAGGUGGCGAUAUUGGACUACAUGACUUCCGUUAUAUAGCAACUGGAAGGUCAAAGAGACAUAGGCUUUCUGAUUGUGGUGAACAAACUACUGCUGAGUCAGGGAACAGAAUUGGGGAUCAAAAUGCAAAUGGGAUGCUUUGGUAUAUUCCAAAGGCUCACUCAGGGAGUGUCACCAAAAUAUCUACUAUUCCAAAUACCAGUUUUUUCUUGACGGGAAGCAAAGAUGGAGAUGUCAAACUUUGGGAUGCCAAGAGAGCCAAGUUAGUAGUUCAUUGGCCAAAAUUGCAUGAAAGACAAACCUUUCUGCAACCAAGGUCACGUGGAUUCAGUGGAGUUGUCCGGGCUGCUGUUACAGAUAUUCAAGUUGUUUCCCAUGGUUUUCUUACAUGUGGGGGAGACGGUUCUGUAAAAUUGGUUCAGUUUAACGAUUUUCACAGGGAAUAUGAAUAGGUCAUCACCAAGUUCUUUUGAAACUCAGAGAAAAUUGCCAAUUUGAACUUCAGAAUGCAAAAAAGCCGUCAAGAAUUCUGAUGUACAGUGCAUCCGUGUGCCAGUUAUUACCCAAUCAUAAGCACAUGUAUGUUGCGGACAUACUUGUUUUUCUUGCUGUUGAAGUCAGAAAGGAUUGGCUGCUAGCUUUGAACACACCUUUUUGCAAAUAAUUCAGGAAGCCAUAAGGAACGAUAUAUUUUGUUCUAGAACCCAUACCAUUUCCUCCCCUAUUGAAAGUUCUCAGUCAGGAAAGGACAAAUGUAAAUGGACUUGAUUUGGCCCACAUUUAAAACUUCAGUUCCUGCAUGAGCCAAAAAUUUGAGCCUUGAAAUAUUCUUUCUAGAGUUGUGUAGCAGGUCGUCUUUGGAAAGAUUAAAGCGACCCAUGAACUGGUAGCCGUGGCUCUUCAUGUUAUCUCCUUUUUGAAGUCUUCCUUUUGCAGAGUUGCAUUUUUGAGAGUUCCGUAUUCAUUUGUAGCGUUGUUGACUAGAGCAUCUUACAUUGAUGUGUGAUCCUUUUUUGGCUACUAGGAUAUAUGGGUUAUUGGAAGUUGAAUCACUGAAAUGCGUUUGUAUAGCUAACAGAAAACAGUUGAUACGAGGUUUCGUUGAUUUUAGUUGUUCAUUUGUAUUGUGUUAUAAAGCAAUUGGUUAUUUAUUGCUACUUCUCUAACCUGUUUGAAACUAUGUAUUUCUUUGGGGGGAAAAAG